AUGGCAGAUCUCACACCAACACAAAUCAGCUGGCAUCCUAAAGCCAACACUAGCGCACACCAUACUGACAGAUAUGCCCACGCAGAGCUGACUGUGAGGAGAGGGCAGGUCUUCACUAUCACCCUGUGGUUCAACAGGCCAUGGCAGACGGGGGACAACUUAGCAUUCGUCACAGAAAUAGGGCCAGCGCCUUCACAGGCACAUCACACCAAGGCCAUCUUUAACCUCUCUGAGGCGGGGGCUAGUGGCUGGACUGCAGUUCAAGGACCCAGUGAGUCCGGCUACAUGAAUUUCUCAAUAUCCAGCCCAGCUAAUGCAGUCAUUGGACGUUACAAACUGAGCCUCCAGAUCACCUCUGGCAACAAGGUCUCCUCCAAGUUCCUGGGGCACUUUGUACUGCUCUUUAACCCUUGGUGUUCAGGUGAUGAUGUCCACAUAGCUAACGAAGAUGCAAGACAGGAAUAUGUUCUGGAUGAAAAUGGAAUCAUCUUUAUCGGAAAUGCCAACUAUAUUGAAGCUAGAGGAUGGUACUAUGGACAGUUCCAAGAUGACAUUCUAAAUAUCUGCCUUACUAUGCUGGAUCUGAGCCUGUACUGUCGUCAAGACCCAGUCACUGAUGUGUUCCGCAGAGGAGAUCCUAAAUAUGUGGGGCGGGUGAUCAGUUCAAUGAUCAACGGGAAUGAUAAUGAUAACGGGGUGCUGGAGGGAAGCUGGAAUGACAGUUUCGCUGAGCAUGAAAACCCAUCCAGAUGGAAUGGUAGUGUGGUGAUCCUCAGGAAGUGGCGUCAAGAGAAUUACAAGCCUGUCCAGUACGGCCAAUGCUGGGUUUUUGCAGGCGUGAUGUGCACAGUCAUGAGAUGUUUGGGGAUUCCAACUCGUUUGAUUUCAAACUUUAAUUCUGCCCAUGAUGCGGAUGGAAAUCUGAGUAUUGAUAAAUACUAUGACAGUGCUGGAAAGAGCCUUAACAUCGGCAGAGACUCUUCAUGGGAUUAUCAUGUCUGGAACGAAGUUUGGUUCAUUCGAAGAGACUUGGGAACACCAUACAGUGGAUGGCAGGUUCUAGAUUCAACUCCGCAAGAGCAAAGCAAAGGGAUAUUUCAGUGCGGUCCUGCUUCUGUCAGAGCCAUCAAAGAAGGUGAUGUAGACUUGGACUAUGACACCCUAUUUGUGUUUACGGAGGUGAAUGCUGACUGCAACCAAUGGAUUGUCUACAAAGAUGGAACCAGGAAAAAAGUGUAUUGUGACACUGAGAGAAUUGGCAAGGCCAUCAGCACCAAAGCUGUGGGCAGCAAUUCCCGUGUGGAUGUCACUAACAAUUAUAAAUAUCCAGAAGGCUCUCACGAGGAAAGAGAGGUGUAUAAAAAGGCCUGUGCUAAGGCACGUGGAUCAAACCUCACAGAAAGACUCUCAGAAGCUCCUAAUGAGGGAUCAUCAGAAACAGUUAGAAAACCUGAGGUCUCUGGGGUAUUCAAGCUAGUUGAACCCCCUGUGUUUGGCAAAGAUAUCAACCUAAUCUUAAUUCUCACCAACCUGUCCUCUGAAUAUAAACCUGUAAAGGUGAACCUGAGUGCAUCAACCAUCCUGUACACAAGGAGAGCAGUGGCAGAGAUCUUGCAGGCAGCCACAUCUAUUGAUCUUGGUUCUAAAGAAGAGAAACAAAUUCAGUUAAAGAUCUCUUAUGCCCAGUAUGAAAAGUCCCUGACUGAUGAUAAAAAGAUCUUAGUGACUGCCUUGUGUGAAGUCAUGCACACACAGGAGGCAAAGAUGUUGGUGGAGAAGACCAUCACUUUAGAGACUCCAACCAUCUUCAUCAAGAUUCCUGCACAGGUUGUGGUGAACAAGCCUGUUACUGUAGAGAUCUCGUAUGCCAAUCCUCUCCCUGAGCCAGUGAAGGACUGUGUGGUGCUGGUGAAACUGAUGAAUCAAGAGGUCAAGAUAGAUGUGGCAGCACUGGCACCCAGGGAGCGAUCAAAGAUUUACUUUGAAUUCACACCCCACAGAAGCGGUGCGAUGCAGCUGCAGGUGGACUUCUCUUGUGACAAGUUUGCCUAUGUUAAGGGCUUUGAGACCAUCGAUGUGGCCCUUGGUCAGUGAGUCAGUUGCAAUAGUUGUAAUGGCUCUGAUCACGGAGCCAAUUCCCUAUUUCUACACUAGCAUUAAAAAGCAUUUUUCCCUGCACAAUGAUAGUGAUGACUGUAAAUUAGUACAUUUUCAUUCUGAAUGUCCUUGUGAAGUGCAAUGCAGGAAAAUAGCUCAUCUCUCUGCAUUACAACAACAGGAUGACUUCUCUUGCUUCCACAAUAUUUCCUUGUCUAAUCUCAAAUAUCUGUAUUUGUGUUUCUUUUUCACCUCUCUACUGUGCAACUCUUGUCCUAGAACAAAUGCAACAACAUAAAGUACAGCCUGUAGGAUAUUCUCCUGCCUCAGGUGAAUUGAGAGUGACAGAGUUAAACAACGAGACUAUUACAAUAUUCCUAAGGGGAUGCGGGUUGUAUUUGCUUCAGUGUUUUACUGACUUUAUAUAUUGACUCUUGGCGUUCAGAUUGGUCAGAACAUUGGUUUUUCUCAUAGGUGUUUAAUUACAGUUAUGGUCUGGUUGUGAUCUAAUCCCAGUUUGUUAGCAAUUAAUAAAACUUUCAAAGAAUGGUUUCAAUUCAGUAUACUUUCCUUAUAAUGCCAGUGAUAUUGUGAAUUAUGUAUCCCACAGAAAUAGCAUGGGAAAUUCAAAGUGUUGAGGAUGCUUUUUCCAGAUUGUACAAAUUAAUCAGUAAUGGAAUAUUUUUGCCAGUGCCCAUUUCAUUUCUGUACUUUUGUGCUAUGUUACUACCUCUAUAUCUGCAUAAUAAGUUACUGUACCAUGCUAAACUUUGUCAAGCAAAACAAAAUGUAAAUUAGUAUUUUCUUCAAGCUUCCUGUCUGACCUCUAAGAAUGAGAAAGACAAACAUUGCAAUCACCUUGAGGCUGGAAAACUAAUUCUGGGGACCUGGAAAAGCAAAUUCAGGACACUAAGCAUUUCCAUAAUCCAUGCAAUACACCUAUCACAUGUUCCCAGUCAGCCUCAGAAGCAUUUGGGGAAAGAAACCAAAGACAUCAC